AUGUCUCCUCUACCACCCCAAUCACCAACCUCCUCGUCUGGCUCAUCCUCUUCUUCCGCUGGUAAAACCAACAACAACGGAAUAGCCUUCACCAUCACCCACAUGAACGCCAACCACCAAGACUCCCUCGCCUACUACCUCCGCGUGUACAACGGCGUCUCCGCCGCCGAGGCCUCAACCGCGACCCUCGAAACCAUCACGCUCUCCGAUCUCGUCCUCCGCACCAACCACAACCACAACACCGGCAACCGCUACACCGUGGCGCUGGACCCGCCGCUGCAAUCCUUCAGCGAGACCCGCGCCCGCCUCGUCGCCAUGCACAAGGAAUGUCUGGAGCGGCUCAACCUCUCCGACAUCAAGAUCACCACCUACCGUGUGCCGUCCCGGCCCGGCGACAUCCUCGCCUUCCUGAUCUGUCUCUCGGGCAUCCUGGCGUUCAGCCGGCGGGAGAACCUGCUGCCGGGCGGGUGGGUGUACGAGGGCUUGCGGUUGGAGACCGGGUGGUGGUGGCCCCAGGGAUUCGCGGGGUUCUGCGCCAGGAUGCAGCCGGCGGUGUUGGCGUUUACGCUGGUCGUGCAUGCGUUCGAGGCAUCCGUGCUGGCGUAUACGCGGCUACGGAGGCAUGGGGUCGCGCUGGGGUCCCGGGUGUGGUGGGCGUGGGUGCUGUCGACGCUGAUCGAGGGGUUCCAGGGGUUCAAGCGGUUUGAUCGAUUGGUGCGCGAGGAGGAGGCGAAGAAGAAGUAG